AUGGCGUUUGGCACAUUCGGGUCUCUCUUGGUCUCCCUCCUUCUGAGCGCCGCAGCUCUCUCCGCCGAGGUUCCUGCAGCGGCCUUGGGUGACAGGAAGCCAUUCUCACCCCCGGCUCGACGAUUUGCAAACACGGAAGGUUUUUUCCAGAGCCUGCAACUCACCAACAACACGGCCAAACCCGCGCUGAACUUUACCUCGGACAUCUUCCAUGGCGCCUCUUUUGACCUUCUCAACCAUACUGCUAGCUCACUGCAGCAGAUUGAGAUGCUCCCCGAGGUCGAGAAGCUAUGGCCCGUCUCCGUUGUGUCAGCAGUGAAGCCCAAUACCUCCGACAUCAUGUCAGAGCCGCUACCGAAGUGGGACCCUCAUACGCUCACCAACGUUGACAAGGUCCACAAGCUUGGCCACCGCGGCGAAGGCGUCGUUGUAGCGAUUGUUGAUACCGGCAUCGACUAUCUCCAUCCAAAUCUCGGGGGUGGAUUCGGUGCGGGUUUCAAGGUCGAAGGCGGGUAUGACCUCGUUGGUGACGACUAUGAGAUCGGGAGAGAGUAUGUGCCUGAUGCCGAUCCUAUGGACUGCGCCGGCCACGGAACCCACGUCGCUGGUAUCGUUGCGAGCUCUCACGGUGACCUACCUGGAGUCGCACCUGAUGCCCGCUUGAGGAUCUACAAGGUCUUUGGGUGCGGCGGUAGCAGUAUGGAGGAUGUCAUCGCCCAAGGUUUCAUCCAGGCCUACGAGGAGGGCGCGGAUAUCAUAUCUGCCUCUCUGGGAUCGAAUGCUGGCUUCCCUGAGAACAUCCUUGCUGUAGUCGCCUCUACCAUCCAAACUAAGGGAACUUUUGUUACGGUCGCCGCGGGUAACAGUGGUGAGAUGGGACCCUUUUACACCAGCAGUGCUGCCAACGGCUUUGGUGUUACGGCUGUAGGCAGCGUUGAGCACACCCAAACCGCAGCCUUUACGGUAGUUGCGAGGUCAAAUAACAAUGAGACGCGCGAGAUUCUUUAUGUUAGCUCCGAUACUGCGCAGUGGACGCUCAACGGCACAACACCCGCACACUUCCUCAACCAGAACUAUACCGGCCUUGACUCUUGCGACGUCUGGGACUUCCCCGGUGUUUCGUCAGACAGUGUUCUCAUAUUGCCUCGAAGCACCUGCAUCUGCGAGUGCUGGCAAGUUCUAGACUCCAAUCUUUUCGGAACGAGCGUGAAGUGGGUUUUCUACUACAACUUCGAAGAUGCUGCCUGGGAGAUCCCGAACAGAAGCGUCUACAACCCUGAGGAGCAGCCCCUCGGAUUUGGUCUCAUCAGUCGAGAGGAUGGAAAAUGGCUCGUCCAGCAGAACGAAUUGGGUCGCAAGGUGGAUUUCGAGUUCGUAGCCAAUGGUGGUAAGGCAGUCGGCGUUCCCGGUGCCAACUCCGAGUCCAUCGCAGGUGCCAUUGACUACUUUUCCUCAUGGGGCUUGACAGUAGACGGUCGUCUCAAGCCCGAGAUCUCAGCUCCCGGCGGUUCAAUCCUCUCCACGUAUCUGACAUCUGAGGGCGGAUGGGCUGUUCUGUCCGGAACCAGCAUGGCCACACCAUACAUUGCCGGCGUUGCCGCCCUCUAUUUCUCAGCCAACAGUGGCCGCUCCAACAUCGCCAACAACGCCGGCGACUCCGCUCACCACCUCAUCACCUCCAGUGGCAAGCCGGUCGCUCACCAUGAUGGAAGCGGCUCCCUCGCCCCCAUCCCCAUGCAAGGAGCCGGUAUCGUCGACGCCUUCAAGGUCAUAACUUACAAGACAUCCAUCAUCCCUGCCGUCAUCAACCUCAAUGACACGGAUCAUUUCCAAGGCACGCACGAGAUCAGGAUCGAGAACAGAGGAAACGAGACCGUGACGUACAACAUCGUCCACGAAGCCGGCUCCACCAUCACCACCAAGCCCGAUUCUGAUCCUGUGGUCGCGUUCCCUCCGGUCCCGUACUCCUCGACCGAGGGCGAGCAAGCCACAGUCAAGUUUUCGGCGACUGCGCUCGAUGUAGCUCCUGGCACAACUGGAGUUCUGACGGUAACCUUCAUCGAACCUGCCAGUAUCGAUGCGAAACUGUUCCCCAUCUAUGGCGGAUACAUCAACAUUGUUGGCUCCAAUGACGAGUCUCUACGAGUGACCUACGCUGGUAUCAAGGGCAGCGUCUAUGGCAGUAACAUAUGGGCUGACGAAUGGAUUGACCCUGUCAUACAAACCCCAGACUUUGUGCUAAUCCAAGAGAAUGACACCUUCAAGAUGACCAUUGAAGACACCUUCACCAUUGACUUUGACAUUCUCUGGCCUACCCGAGAGUUCAGCUUCGACCUCGUCGAUCCCUCCUGGGAGCCCACAGACUGGUCCUAUCCCUUCUUCCCAGGUCAGAACAACUACGUUGGUUCUCUCCAGCACUACAACCUCAUCUCGGACGCCUCCUUUGAUGCUCCUGUCCAGCAGUACCCGCGCCUGCCUUCGAGUACAUGGUGGCCGAGUGGUAACUUCUCGCACGGCAGUGCGAUCGAGAGCGGCGAGUACAAGAUUCUAUCGAGGGCACUUCGGACUUAUGGAGAUUAUCACAAUAUGAGUGACUGGCAAAUUAGGCUCUCGCCCAAGAUCAUUGUCGACAAGGAUAAGGCAUAAGGUUCAUGGAUAUAACUACGUGGGAUGGAAACUUGACAGUAAUACCAAGCACAUGUAGGCAAGCUGCUAUAAGGUGCAUCAUUGUGCUAAGGUACUAAGUAAUUUCAACUGUGAGUAGUCUCUUGAGGAAUUCAUGCUAAGC